UAAAGCCAUUUAACCGGGACGGACACGACGGUACGAACGCGAAAGGACUCAAAUGAGCUUAAAUUGUUUAAUAUUAAAUUAAGUUGGUCGGGCAUUUUGUGCCCGGCAGGUAGACACGGAGCCGAGGGAGGUUGGCACGGAGGUAGCGGGUUCUCACCCGCCACCAGCCGAGUUUAUGUACGUGUGUGGAGAUUCCGGGCCGCGUUAUGAGUGCUCCUUCGAACCGGCGCCGAGUAUGGAGCAGCCGACGUUUGAGGAGCAUAUGUUUGGCGAAUUUGGGAAGGAUAGGGUUCAAGUAGUGGUCGGGUCGAGUGGAGAGUUGUAUCGGGAGGAGCUGCCGGUGUUCCCGGGGGAGCAGAAGCGGAAAGAGGAGCCGAUACUUCUACAGCAAGUGGAUGCGCCCCAACAGCAUGCAACCCAUCCACCGCCCACUAAGAAAAGCGAGAAGAAGAAGGGAGAAAAUAACGGGAUUAAGAAGAAAAAGACAAGAACCACAUUCACGGCAUAUCAACUUGAGGAGCUGGAGAGGGCGUUUGAACGAGCUCCCUACCCAGAUGUAUUUGCACGGGAGGAACUGGCACUAAAAUUGAAUCUUUCGGAAUCAAGAGUACAGGUAUGGUUCCAAAACCGAAGAGCAAAGUGGCGGAAACGCGAACCACCAAGAAAAACCGGCUACAUCGGAUCCAGCUCACCCAGUUCUACCACAUUGAGCGGCGGUUUCUCCGGCAUCGGUGGCAAUCUACCAGCCUUCCCACAAAACGGAUUACCAGCCCCGGCUGAUUCCUGGUCGUACCAACACUCGUACGAACUAUCCUCCCACCACUUGCUGUCAUCUGGGAGUAAUUACCCCGCCUUCAACCCUCAACCAGGCUACUCCUAUACCACAGUUCUCAAUGGACACGACGGACAAAAUAUGUUCGCUAGACAUUACGAUUAUGGUGAAGGGAGUCCCCCAUUGCGGGAGUAUCCCAUGGUAGCUCACUCUCCCCAAAUAGAGCCCCACGGGCACGAGGACAAAGUGGAGUACCGUCAUGAGCAUGAAGAGAAGUAUGCGUGUGCGCUGCAGGAAGAGCCACGGUACAAUCCUCCAGAGGACUACGACAAGUGCGCGAUGGUUCACGAGAAGCACUAUGAGAUGGAUCGCCAGGAUUUGUCGCAACCGGUCGUGGUGAAAAUGGAGCCGAGCACGGGUCAGGCGUACACGUCAUUGCCCCCUUUUUUGAAUUGAAAUACUCUUUUUCGAAAUUGUCCAAGUGAAAGCACACGUUUGGGUUAUAGACAGAAAUUAUAUGGCAUACAUAUUUACAGUUCAAGUGAGUUCAAGGGAACCCGCCAAACAUUUUGUCUAGAUACUUAGUACCUAGUAAAAGUAGUAAUUUAAUAGUAAACACACCUCCAAAUCAAAACAGAAACUUUAAAUGUUUGGUCAUUGAAAAAUAGAACUCAAUUCCAAGCAAUAAAGUUCAUGCUUUAUCACGUGACUAUAUUGAUACAAAUUAGUUCCGAGUUAAGGAUUCCUGGCUGCCGCUAACUGCUCGUCAAACCCGUCAGCCUUUCGGACAAUAUUAGCAUAAAUAUUUCUUCACUUUAAGUGUUGAAAUGUUAGUGUAUUUACAGUCGUGGUAGCCAAACGAUUUCCAAUCGAACAAAUAGUGUGUUAAUAACUCGAAAUUAACUAAUUUCGAAAAAGAGUAUAUGGCUUCGUCUACUCAAUAUUUAAAUGACAUUAGUUAGAAAGCGAUAUUUAGAAGAUAUAUCUCGCAUUUUUAUGUAAAACACGAAUUUAAGAUCAUAAUUAUAUAAUUUUAUAAUGUUUCGCGUAUAACAGAUUCUGUAAUAAAAAAUCCAAUUGUAAUUGCGUCAUUGAUUUUUGUAUAGCAAGCGCAUUUGACAGCCGUCCACAUAUUAUGGAAUUUCUUCAUAAGUCAAACUUUGUGACAUUUAGAAAUGACUCAUCGAAAUGUCAUAUCAACUAUAGUGGAUUUCCUGCGCCACGUAUUAUAACAAUUAUUAUUCAGUAAAUUAAAUUUCAAU